UUUGGAUGAAAGACUUCCUUCCUUGAGGCCUGCUGGRGGAACUUCUAAAGCGGCGAGGAAAGACAUCUGGAUUAGUGUAUUUACCCACAAAUGGAGAAGCUGUGAAUACCAAUUACCUGAAUUCUAUGCGAAUGGAUUGAUUUUAGAUCUUAUCUUAUUUGGCCGAAAAAUGGAAUGAGUUGAAGACCGGACAUUGUAUAACACACGACAACUUCUGUGGGCCAUGCAUGUGUAGCCAUACAUGUGUAGCCAAAAGCAUUCAACUUAUCGUCUGGUUUAGUCUUGCUUUUUUGAAUUGUAUUACUUACUACAAGUUCAAUUAACGCUGUAUUCUAGACACGCUACUAGAAGCGGACCUAAGUUAGGACCUCACGCGUGGUGAGCAAUUAAUUAGCUAGUGUUAAUAGUCCUUCCUCAGAACAAUAGAGUAUCCAAAUUGGAUUAAUACGGCUGAUUAUUGGAGUGAUAAAUACGAGACUAAAGGAAGCGCAAUCGCAGAACGCGCCUGGCUUGAUCUUAUUCGCUAACGGCAAAUCGUUUAACGGGAAAUGAUACAAGACACCAUGAGUGAAUUUUCAGACUUGGUACGCUGGUAUUACAACCCAAUGCAGCAGCAACAGCGAUCGGAGUUUUGUCCACAAUUCCUGCAAUUUAACCCAAAAGAACACUUCAAGUACUUUGCUACAGAAUACGGAGACUUGCCACUCGACACACUUGCCGUAACGUUUGGCUUUCAGACCAGAAUGUUUACAAACAAGCGAGAAAGAUGGAGGCAACAGAAUGUAAACAUGGCAUUCACAGAACUGCGCAAGCUUCUUCCUACUUAUCCACCAGAUAAGAAACUUUCCAAAGUUGAAAUUCUACGUAGUGCUGUCAAGUACAUUGAAUUUUUACAAAACGUCCUUAGAAACAUGGACUUGCAAGAGAUAGGUGUCAAAGAUGGACAAGAGGAAAUGUCUGCAUGCUCAUCAAAGUAUUCACAAACUUUUAAAGAUUUGAGUAGCGUUUUCCCAUCUCCUGGUGAGAGCUGCAGCAGUAGUUCCUCUACAAACUCCUCUCUCUGCCACGAAGAGAUAGGGUAAAAAUACAAACAGUCAGUAGUCUCCAAUGCAAACUUGUUGAUGAAUUGAUUGAUGAGAUUUAGUUGACCACAACUGGUUGCAUUCUGUUCGUGGUUUCUCAUAAAUAAACUGUGUGACUUGACGGAAAAGAACGUGAGUUUUAAAUCGAGUACUUGUGGCAGCUGUUURAUGUUUCUUUACUCCUGCUAUCAUGAUUUCUAUUCGUGGUCCCGACUUUGAAAAAGAAAAGAAUAUGGCAGAUAACCAAUUUUAAAAUGUUAAUUAUUAUGAUAUCUGCAUUUCACGAACAGUUCCUUCCUUCUUCAUAUUUGAAAUCAACAAAAUGAAAACAGUAGUUGCCGCAGCAUACGUAUACAUAUGUCUCUUGUUCUAGGUCAACUGACUGCAAUUCCCUCAUAUUGAGUUAGCAUAUCUUCAUCAAGAAACUCUUGAUAACAAAGACAAUUUCAAAUAUAUAUUAUGUACAUGGGGGUAUAUCACAAACGUGUUUUUUAUAAGAGGUGAUACGUACAAAAACAUUGUACUAUUCCCAUAGCUACGCUUUGGACUUGGCAACAUUACUGUCAUUUUAGCCUAAUUUUACUCUGCAGUGAAAUAAAACAUAAUU